AACUCUUCAAAGGUGACCACAAAUCCCAUAAGGCUUUGCGCCGGGGCGCCCAAUCGCAGCCGCGUUUCGGAGGCUGCGCAUGCGCACCGGCCCGCGAAGGCUUCCCAUUGCCAAGAUGGCGGACGACGGUGAUACAGCAGUGAGGCGGCCGUCGACAGAAGAGAACGAGCACCAGCACUGCAGCGACUGUGAGAAUGAGGAAGAGCACAACUACAACCGAGGUGGCUUAAGCCCAGCAGAUGAUAGUGGAGGUAAAAAGAAGAAAAAGAAACAAAAACGGAAGAAGGACAAGGGGGAUCAACUUGAUAUGACCCAAGAUCAAUCUGUAAAGGUGAAUUCAUUGCCACCAGAAAGGAUGCAUGAGAUUCAAAAGGCCAUCGAACUCUUCUCAGUAGGGCAAGGACCUGCCAAGACAAUGGAGGAAGCCACCAAGCGCAGCUACCAGUUUUGGGACACACAGCCAGUUCCCAAGUUAGGAGAAGUCGUGAACACUCAUGGGCCUGUUGAACCUGACAAGGACAAAAUCCGCCAGGAGCCCUACUCCUUGCCUCAGGGCUUCAUGUGGGAUGCUCUGGACUUGGGGGAUCGAGGUGUGCUCAAAGAACUAUACACUCUCCUGAAUGAGAACUAUGUGGAAGAUGAUGACAACAUGUUCCGGUUUGAUUACUCACCAGAAUUCCUGUUGUGGGCUUUGCGCCCCCCGGGCUGGCUACCCCAGUGGCACUGUGGUGUGAGGGUCAUCUCAAGCAAAAAAUUGGUUGGAUUCAUCAGUGCUAUUCCAGCUACUAUCCACAUAUAUGAUAUGGAGAAGAAGAUGGUAGAAAUAAACUUUCUCUGUGUGCACAAAAAACUGCGUUCCAAGCGUGUGGCCCCUGUUCUGAUCCGAGAGAUCACCCGACGAGUUCACUUGGAGGGAAUUUUCCAAGCUGUCUACACUGCAGGAGUAGUGCUGCCAAAACCUGUUGGAACCUGCAGGUACUGGCAUCGGUCCCUGAAUCCACGCAAGCUGAUAGAAGUAAAGUUUUCCCACCUGAGCAGGAACAUGACUAUGCAACGCACCAUGAAACUCUAUCGGCUUCCAGAGACUCCAAAGACCCCAGGGCUGCGACCAAUGGAGCACAAAGACAUCCCUGCUGUGUAUAGGCUACUGGCAGAAUAUUUGAAGCAAUUCCACUUGACUCCUGUCAUGAAUGAGGAAGAAGUGGAGCACUGGUUUCUGCCCCAGACCAACAUCAUUGACACAUUUGUGGUGGAGAAUACUGAUGGGGAAGUGACAGACUUCUUGAGUUUUUACACCCUGCCCUCCACCAUUAUGAAUCAUCCGACUCACAAGAGCUUGAAAGCUGCCUACUCCUUCUACAAUGUCCACACCAAGACACCAUAUCUUGACCUUAUGAAUGAUGCCCUUAUAUUAGCCAAGAUGAAAGGCUUUGAUGUUUUCAAUGCCCUGGAUCUCAUGGAGAAUAAAACCUUCCUGGAGAAGCUGAAGUUUGGGAUUGGAGAUGGAAACUUGCAAUAUUAUCUCUACAAUUGGAAAUGCCCCAGCAUGGGGCCAGAGAAAGUUGGCCUGGUGUUGCAGUAACCAAGAGUCUUUGGAGAAGUAUAGGCAAAGUUGCUGAAGAGUUGGGCCAGCCUGAGCUGGCUAGUCCUUAUGGCUUCUACUUCCAUGGAAGUGAGCACCUCCUUCAGAGGAAUUUGCGCUCACUGCACUGGCCACGUGGACCCUCCAUUGACACUUGACGAUUGUAUUGCGUGCCACUGAAUGCGCCAAUGUGUCGGCGCCAGCACUUGGCCUCUUCUUCCCUCUCCCUCACCCCUCGUACAAACAUGAUCAAGGGAAUGUAACUGCUGAAAACAAGCUCACAAUUGGCAUAUAUUGGAGUUAACGGGUGAAUAUUAAUAAAAAUUAUAUUAUAUAUUCUAUAUUUUUAAAAUGUUUGCUGUUCACCUGAAUGAGGAACAGGGGAUGGGCCACCAAACUGCUUAGCUUUUUGUCUUAAGAAUUACUACUUAAAGGCCCAGUUUGUGUUUACCCAUAUAAACCCCAAAGAAGUAGAUGGGACUAUUGGUGGCAAGAGUGCGGUGUUUCUUAUUCCAUCACUAUUUCUGGUGCUUUUUUAUUCUCCAAAACCACAGUUGUGCUGCACUGUUAGUUUUCUUGGGUGACCUUGGUCCGGACUGACAAAUUUUCGUUUUCUGUCUUGCGCAUGGAGCAAAUGUCUAACACACUCCAAUUCCAUAUUCAAAUAAAUUGAUCUUAGAAGGUAACAGACUAUUUUAAUGACUGCUGGAGCCCACCAGUUUGGAACAACCAGAUGAUCUAGCAUAUCAACUCAUCACUCUAUUCCUACAUUUGCACAAAUAAUUACAUAGUGCAAAACUUGAAUUACCGAACUUUGUUAGCCGUUUGGCUCUUAAAAUCUGUAAAGGACAUUCCUUGCGCUGAAAGAUGAGUUUUUUAAAAAAAUUCAGGAGAUAAUUUUCUUGUGGCUUGCAUUUUCUUGAAUUAUGGCUUCACCCUGUUGGUUUUUGAUCUACUUCUCUUGUGUUUUCCAGCAAUAGAAUCUAAUUCAUCAAUGAUUCUAUCCAAAAAAAUUAGCUGUGCUAUAUACCUUUACUUAAAUCAAUCAGCAGUCGCCCUUGGAAUCAGCUUGUGUUGUUUCUACCUUUGGAAAUAAAAAAAAAUUGUGCUUCCUUUUUCUUUCCAUAAAAAUCUAAUGUGGUGAUAAAA